AGGCUGCAUCGACCUCGACAUUCGACAAUCGCGGGCAAACCAAGACCGUGCCAGUCUCCCAUCUGCAGCAGACAAGCGAAUCUCUAAUCGCAUCAUCCAUCACUCUGUCUCUCUGGCAUUCUAAUCUUCGGCUCGCGCGACAUAGGACAGCAUGCCAAAAGUGAUCGUGGCACCCUCGGUGCUGGCUGCCGACAUGGGCAACCUCAACCAGGAAUGCAAGCGCAUGAUGGACGCAGGUGCUGACUGGCUUCACAUGGACGUCAUGGACGGCCACUUUGUCCCAAACCUCGUCCUUGGCGCUCCUCCGUUGAGUUCGGUGCACAAGGCAGUUCCAGGCAUCUUCAUGGAUUGCCAUAUGAUGGUCACUGAGCCCGGGCGAUGGAUCAAAGACAUUGCCGAGGCAGGUGGCUCCUCGUACACGUUUCACCUCGAGGCUGCUUACGACCCGCUCGACAUUGUGCGCAAGGUGAAGGCCGCCAAUAUGCGCGCAGCAGUCGCAAUCAACCCGGGUACGCCAACGAGCGAGAUCUCAAAUGAGCUAGGCGAGUCUGUCGACAUGAUCCUCGUCAUGACCGUCUGGCCUGGCUACGGAGGCCAAAAGUUCAUGAAGGAGUGCAUGCCAAAGGUGGCCGAACUCCGGGCCCGGUUUCCUAACCUCGACAUCGAAGUCGACGGAGGUGUUGGACCAAAGACCAUCGACCGGUGCGCCGAUGCGGGUGCCAAUGUCCUCGUGGCCGGCACAGCCAUCUUUGCGGCCGAAGACCCCAAGGAAGUCAUCAGCUUCCUGCGACAACGUUGCGAAGAAGCCCAGGAGCGCAUCAAGGCCGAGCGCGAGCAGAUCCUCUUCGACCCGAGCAGUGCAAUCGAUGACGAGGAGGGCGAGGACCUGGCGGCGCUGGAGGGCAGGCGAUCGAGGGCAAUGACGCCACUCAGCCAUCCGAGGGCCUACAUUCGGAACCUGGCCCUUCGUCGUGACUCGACGGCAUCGACGGACGGCAAGAUGAUCAAGAGCGGCUACGGCGUGCCCAGCCCGAGCGUGUCGAGGAGAGGAAGCGAUGCGUUGGGCGCAGUCGGCGACAAUGGUGUCCUCUUCAAUGGUGCAGUUGGCAUGACACCGAUGCACACGGACUGAUCCUUCCUUUUGGCUACGGGUUCUGCUUCUCGGCUCUCAUGAAUCAAUGGAUGUAUGAUGAUUGCUUUGGAAACGGCAUAGGGCAAAGAGACAGAAGAAGGAAAGCGGGGGUGAGGGGGUAACUACCGGAGCUUAUCGGCAAGAAGGGAGAACUUGAACCACGUUGCGAGGAAACUUGAUAGUGCGGACGAGGUUUUUGAGUGACCUUGACGGAAUUGGAAGGCAAU